AUGUGACAUGACAACUUUUAGAUCUUUGAUGAGAGAAACAAAAAUCCAAAAAAUUGAUGUUACUAUCAAUCAAAUAGUACACUACUAUCAGUUUCUUCAACUUAGACUUUCAAUCUAAGCACACCAUCACCAUUCACCACCAAUUCCAAUUACUAAUACCCACAUAACACAACUCCGUCAAUCUUAUCUUACCCUUUACUUCUCACCUUUAACCACCUAACUACCUCAGCGACGCUUCAAAACACGGCGAUUACGGCUGCUUAAAUCCCCAAAUCCCAAAAAUUUGAAUUUCAUUAGUCAAAAAUUUGACUAUAAAUGCUCCAAUUGUGGGUAUUGCGAUUCUAUUUUAAUGGUGUAUCUGGGUUUUUUCCUCUCAUCUUUACUUAAACUGAAGUGGGUUUUUUCUCUCGAAUGUGAAUGAGGUCUUUACAAAACUUGGGCAUCCUCUUAAUGAUUAAUAAAAUAACUGAGGAGUAAUUGAUGACAUGAAGCCUGCAUUAUCAGCAUUAGUUACAAACUUGUGAUUGCUUCGUAUGUAUUUGGACUUCUUUCAGAGGACAAUUGAUUGCUUAACUGAAACUUUGGUUGAUCCUAAGAGAUUAGGGGUGAAGGGGAGCUCUGUAUAGAGUUUUAUAAUUAUUGUAGAUAUUGCGGGGAAAUGGAAGCUAAAAAACCUCCUUUGAAUGAUAAAUUGGAACAUCGAACGUUAACACCGUUGAGGUUUUUGAGAGGCAUGAUAUGUUUGCUGGUGCUUGCCUCAACCGCUUUUAUGAUGAUGGUCUAUUUUGGGUUUGCAAGUGCGUUUUUGUUAAGAUUUUUCAGCGUAAGCUAUAGCAAAAAAGUGACUUCUAUAUUCUUCGCUUCCUGGCUCGUUUUAUGGCCUUCCCUGUUUGAGAAAAUCAACAAGACUAAGGUGGUCUUCUCUGGAGAGACUCUGCCUGUCGAGAAGCGUGUUCUGUUAAUUGCUAACCAUAGAACUGAGGUUGACUGGAUGUACUUAUGGAACCUAGCAUUGAGAAAGGGUUGCUUGGGUUACAUCAAGUAUGUUCUUAAGAGCAGUUUAAUGAAACUCCCUGUAUUUGGAUGGGCUUUUAAUUUACUGGAAUUCAUUCCCGUUGAAAGAAAGUGGGAAAUCGAUGAACCCAUCAUGUAUCAAAGGCUUUCAACUCUAAAGGACCCCCAAGAUCCCAUUUGGCUUGCUAUUUUCCCGGAAGGCACAGAUUUCACUGAGCAGAAGUGUAUUCGUAAUCAAAAGUAUGCUGCUGAUCAUGGGUUACCUGUCCUGACUCAUGUUCUGCUUCCAAAGACUAAGGGCUUCUUUGUCUGCAUGGAAGAAUUAAGGAAUUCUCUUGAUGCGGUCUAUGAUGUUAUCAUUGGAUACAAGCCUCGUUGUCCUUUCUUCUUAGACAACGUGUUUGGCGUGAAUCCGUCUGAAGUUCAUAUCCACAUUCGACGACUUGCUAUCAACGACAUUCCUAAUUCCGAAGAGGAGAUUGGCGCUUGGUUGAUGGACACAUUUUGUCUCAAGGACAAGCUUCUCCGCGAAUUUUACAGCACUGGCCAUUUCCCCAAUGAAGGAACAGAAAAUGAGCUGAGCACGGUAUACUGCUUGGUGAAUUUCAUCGUCAUCUUGAUUCUAACCAUCAUCUGUACAUUCCUCACUUUUUUCUCUUCAUUCUGGUUUAAGAUUUAUGUUGUUCUAGUAUGUGUUAUUCUGGUAUGUGCAACAACAUUUAACUAUAGGCCAUCGCCUAUAUUUUGCUUAUCGAAACGACACUCUAAGCUUAAAAAUGUGAAGCAGGCAUGUGAUUAAUGCCGCUGUACUGUGAUAUACACUAACCAAUUGAAUUUUCAAUGAUAUUUCAACAUUAUAUUUGAUUGC